GGAGACGAAGUGCCGCCCUAUGGAGCUGCAGGUAGCGAGUUAUAGGCAGACGACGUAGCUGUCACAUGCUGCACUAACAUUUGAAGCCACUCGUUUCAAAUAAGGAUAAGGUCGUAGCAUGGGAAUUUCCUUUUAAUUCUGAACAAUUUAGAAGAUAGCUGUCCGUGUGCCUAAAAGUCGGAGUCUGGGGUGUACGCUUGCUCCUCGUGUUUGGGCUUGGCGUGUUACCGGGGAGACGGUAGUUGAGGAAAAAGCCGCACUCUGGUGAAGUGUGGUCGAUGUCUAAAGAGCCUCAUUCAGAAGUCUAAAACCAAUUGGACAUUGUUGUACAACCGCGAACUGAAUCGGAGGUCGUCUUAAUAUUCACUCCAAACAUGGUGACCACCAAGGAAACAGUUCUGAACCCCAAUGCCAAAGUGUGGCAGGAGAUUCCCGCCCACCAGAAUGACAUCUCGGAGGGGACAGAUAAUUCCUCUUGGCUGCAGACCUAUCCUCACAACACUGACAUGACUGAAGAGUACCCUGAUGUUCUCUCUCUUGGGGGAAAAGGAUGUGGCUCUGACUUUCCUGAUCACACUGAUGCCUGUGUGCCCACACAAGGCAGUAUGAAUGAUACUCACCCAUUUGAUGCAGGCUUUGCAGCCCUAAACCCCCAAAGCGAGUCAACUGUCGAUGACACAAAACAACAACCCAUGUCUGAGAGUUUGAGGGAGUCUUUAAAGAAAAAAUUGGAGUUUUGCUUUUCAAGAGAGAACUUAUCACUUGACCAAUACCUGAUAUCGGAGAUGGACAGUGAGCAGUUUGUUCCAAUCUGGGCUAUCGCUUGCAUGGAGGACAUCAAAGCCCUCACCAACGACAUGGAUCUCAUCGUGGAUGUGCUGAGAGAAUCGCCAUUUGUUCAAGUGGAUGAAGCUGGAGAGAAAGUUCGUCCAAAUCACAGUCGCUCCAUUAUAAUUUUGCGAGAGGUGCCAGAGACUACACCAGUAGAGGAGGUGGAGGCUCUUUUUAAAAGUGAACAGUGCCCAAAAAUGUUAAGUGCUGAAUUUGCACACAACAGCAACUGGUACAUAACGUUUCAGUCAGAUAUGGAUGCACUCAAGGCUUACAGAUAUCUACGGGAGGAAGUGAAAGUAUUUCAGGGGAAGCCAAUAAUGGCUCGCAUCAAGGCAAUAAACACAUUCUUUAGUAAGCCGGGCUUCAGCAGCGUGGACUCCAAUAUGUACAACCAGCAGGCCACGCCUCAUGUUGCAUAUGGAUCCCCUUUGUACAUGCAGCAGGUGUACAGUGCUCAGCAGCAGUACCCGGUCUAUCCAGGUCUUACCCAGUCCUGGAAUGCUACAACAAUGCCUUACUUUGAAACUCCUCUGGCACCUUUCCCUAACAAUGGAUUCAUGACUGCUUACAACAGUGUGGGAAACUAUAAAGCAAAUUCAAGCUCUAAUCCGCCUUUGUGCAGGAACCGGAAUCAUUUAAAGGGACACUUUAGGCCUGGUGACACGCUCAUAACCCCUCCAAUGGCUCCCCCAGCUCUGAUGGAUGGUCUGUUGAGGCCUUUGACCUCACAGCCCCUUCAGGCACCAGGGAUCUUAAUUGCGACCACUUCAGCCAGCCUGCCCUCCCUAAGCCCAAAAAACACUUCCCCGAAGGACACAAUGCCCAGUGGUGAUCUGAGCGGGGAUGUAAGAACUAGGAGAAUUAACAACUACAGGAGCAUGAGGAGGAAAAGAGAUGAUGAACAUACCACGAAGCCUAGUCCUGUGACAGAAGUCGAGGUGCCGCCUCCGCCAAAGUUUGACCUGGCAGCUUCCAAUUUCCCUCCAUUGCCAGGAUGCGUGGUUAGUGUAACAGAAGAGAAGACACCGGAGAUGCGUCUGUCUGAUGUCGUACGUGGUCUUAAAGUGACCAACAAGGCUGUAUGCAACAAGGUCAAUGAAAUUAAACCAUCAAACAUCUCAGAACCUUCAGCUUCAAGUCCUGUUAGCCCCGAUGUGACACCUACUGCUGAGGUCACGCAGAAACCAGCCCUGCUAGUUACAAGAAUUUCUUCACCGGUCGAGGAUGUGGGUGAGGCCGACAUUACUCUUCCAAUGGAAAACGUGUCGUCUUGCAUCAAGCUUGUUAGCCCAACAGAGCACGCAUCUUCCACAUGUAGCCGCACUGUCCUUGAAGUCCCCACUCCCCCGUCUGACACCUCAGAACAGGAGCCAAAAAAGCUCAGCUAUGCAGAAGUCUGCCAGCGACUGGCUAAAGAUGGACCACCAGCACAGACACCCUCGCCGGCACCCCCUGUCUCUACGGCCGUCCAGCCUCUUCAAGAGCUCAAGGUUAAUAGAGGGGAGGAUACACGUGCCAAUACUGCAAAUACAUCGGACAAACGUGGAGACAGCUGCCCUCCCCGGCAAGCCACUCGCACAUUUUAUGGUUAUAAGCGCUCCGGCCGAAGCGGAGGUGCAGGGCUAAAGUUUUGGGAGCAUCCCAGAAACACAGGCGGAAACACGGGCAAAAACUUUUCUCCUCAGCGUGGAAUCAGAAGGAGUGGCAAGGAACAGAACAUUCCCCCAAGGUCACCAAAAUAACGGAACAAUCCUUAAAUCACGAUAAACUGAGACACAAAUGUGCGUAAAUAAAUAUUCACUGUAAGCUUGCAUUAAAAAAACUGUAAAUAGGAAUAUUUUAGGUUUAAGAUGCUUCUGACAGAUGUUUUUCGUAGCUUGUGCGAGUUGUUUUAAUUCUAUAUGGUCAUCAGCAUUGCUCAGCUUUUGGUGAAGUCACAGCCGCGCUACCUAGGUUGUUUUAUAUGCCCUUACUCAAAUGUAUUGUGUGAGUGGUUGAUAGACCCCAACAUUAUUAUAUAACCCCGCUUGAGUCAUGGCAUGCAAUGUCUGAUGUCAGCAACAUGAAGUGCAACUGAACAAGAGAUGGCAAGUAAAAUAGGGAACUUGAGAGAUGCUUGCUUGAGUGACAGAAUUCAGAAGUUGUAGUUAAAUUGUUGCUGCCCAUGAGAUGGUACAGAAAUUUGUCAGGUGGAGACAUUGGAGGCAUGCAGCUGAGUGUUAAUUUGCAAAGUCUGGUAGCCCUUUGCGAAUGUUUUUCACUACUAAUUGGUGUCCGGUUUUGCAGUGAAACGGUAGCAGGCAACUUCCGAAACAAGGUGUCGUGAACUGUAAAUAAUGCUUAUGGACUUCACAAAGUGUUUUGCCCCUCUCUCAGGUGUUGUCUUUCCACUGGGAAAUAAUAAUAUCUCGUAAUGUUUUGCAGUUUUAAUUGCAGUUUUGCAUGUUAAUUUUCAAUACUGGUUGAAAUCUGAAUAAUCUGUUAAUUGGGGAUUAGCAAAAUAUCACGUCAUUUUCCAGUAGUUUGUUACAAAACCAACAUUGACGUGAUCAGUGAGUCAGGGCAAUACUCUGGAAAAUAACAUUUCCUAAGGUAAAAUGCAGAGUAAGUAAAGAAUAUCUCUGAGCUGAUCAUUGGGGAUUGGCACAUAGCAAGCAGUCACUUUUUGUAUGUGACAAAGACAACUUUUACUUGGUCAGCAGUUUAAGGUCAUUCUGUGUAAAAUGACAUUUACUGAACCAAUGAGAAUGACGAAGAGUUAAUCUUACUCACUUUGUAAAAGAUGUAUACCAAAAUCAAACUUAACUGCCCCCUCUGAGUUUUCAGUGUUUUGCAAAGGCAUUGUGGUAUACAGCCAAAUGUGUCACAGUUCCCCUAUUUUAUUUAACGAAAGCUACUUCUCUUGAUCAGAAUUGUUUUUUCAGCAUAUUCAACCUAACAAUAUUUGGACCAACAUCAAACCUGGGUUAUAAAAGACAUUCAUAAAACAUCAACUGUAAACGUAAUCGACUUGUUUGUGAGGUUUAACUGUCCAUGUAAUUAGCCAUUGAUUGAUUUUACUGUUGAAUGUAUGUUCUUAGUGGUGUAUCACUGUUAUGUUAGGUUUUGUCGUUAUGUAGUAGUUAAAGCAGCCCUUUUAAACUACCGCAAUUAUUACUAUUGUGUCUUAUUCAAUGUUUAACUUCAGAUUUUAUUCAAUAUUUGUAAAUAGCCAUAUCGAUCAUGUUAGCAGAGAAAUAUUUUGAUGUACUGAAUGCUCCAAUUUACUAUUUUGAUCUCGAGGCCUGACAAAUCAAUGUUUUUUUUUUUAAGCCCUUUAUAAACCAUAAGUGUAUCUGAUAGCGCAAGUGGGCUUGUGUUAAUACGGAUGGAGGAUUUGGAAUCACAAUAUUUCACAGAUCAUUAAUGUAAAUCCUACAGAUAAAACUCAUGCCUUUGUGGUUUUGUCUUCUGUUUAGAAGUUAUGGGAAUCAAGUUAAAAGCAACGUCAGCAACCUCAAGUGCCUUACUUGUUUCAUUAGAAGUGUAUCCCGUUAUAACUGAGAAAUUCUUAAUGCUGUAGGUUCAAAUCGUCUAAGUCUAAUAGACUUGUCCCUAUGAAGCAUUAGUAAAUGAAAAUAACACACUG